AACAACAACAACAACAAGAUGUGUGAAUAUGAGUUCUUCCAUUUCAUGGGAAUGGCAGGGGAUUGUAAUCCAAAACAGGCUGGGUUCAGGUUUGGAUCGUCGUCCGGUGGCGGUCAUGGUGGUGUUUCUGGGUCUGGAACCAAGCGGCCUCCUGAAGGUGAUGGUGAUGGGGCUGUCCAGAAGAAGAAGGCUAAGUAUUAUGAGGAGGAUGAUGAUUUGAAGGUAGUGAUGCCUAGUGUGAACCUGAGCUUGGCAACAAGAUGUGGUUGUGAUGAUCUGAUUGAUGAGAUUGAGGGUUCUGAUUCUGAUUUAGAGUGGGAGGAUGGGGAGUACAUGUACUUUUAUCAAGGUGGUGGUGCAAGUACUUCCAAGACUGAAGAGCUGGACUUAAGUCUCAAACUCUAA